UUGUUUAUUUGACUUUUUGACUGGGAUUAAGAACAAAAGUUAUCGACCGUCGAUUAUUUAUACAAGUUGAAUAAAUGCACGGUCCAGAUUCACUCAUCCUCAUGUGCUGCGUUACACAAGAUCCUUUCCUCUGUUCCUCAUUUUCAGGUUCAGCGCCAUCGUCAAAACUUUUUGGCGGUCGAUCAAAAAAAUUUCGAAAUUUCAAGAUUUCGCCGGCAAAUACUCAAACCCGAAAAUGAGAAAGCUUUCAAAUUUUCAUUACCACAAGAGAGAAAUCAAAUUACCUUCAGAUCUUGACCUUCCACAGAACACACUCUCUCUCUAUCUCUCUUCUUCUUCUCUUCUUCCUCGCUCUCUUCUUCGCUCUCUCUCUUUGUUCCAUUUGCUUCCUGUAAUCUUCGUCAAGAAGCCGAAGAAGAGAGAAACCAAUCCAAAGUUCCUGACUUUAAAGCUACCCAGAAGAACCCAAAUCUCAGGUACUUUGGCUGUUGAUUUGAUUUCUGGUCUCAAUCCUAUUCUGGCGUCAAAUCUGGUGAAAAAUUAAUGGUCUCCGUUAGAUAAUUUCUGGGCACUGCUUCGAUAGAAUCGUCCGCCAUUUCUAGGGUUCUUAUUAGGGAUUUGAUUUUUCACAUCUGGAUCUACAAAUUCUCCGUUCUGGGUUACUUCAAUUUCACGGAUAUGGUGAGGAUUCAGAAAGUAGAAUCGUUCUACGCGAAGCUUCGUGAGUCAGCUACUUCAUUAUCUUCACAGAAUCCACUUUUGAUAUUUCCUUCAACAUCUGAUGUUGAUUCACUUUGUGCGCUUAAGGUUAUUACUCAUAUCCUCGAAUCAGAUUCGAUUCAGUAUUCUUGUUUCCCUGUAUCGUCUUUUUUGGAGAUUCACAAGUAUGCUGGUCCUGCUGGUUUGUGUUCUACUUCGUCUGAGUCUCCUCCUGUUACUAUACUGUUGAUUAAUUGGGGUUGUCACCGUGAUUUGAAGCUCGUGUUGAAGUUAGGUCCCGCGGCUCGUGUUUUUGUUGUUGAUAGUCAUAGGCCUAUUCAUUUGCAUAAUCUUAGUGAUUAUAAUGAGCAAGUUGUUGUUCUUCAUACUGAUGAUGAUGAGAGACAAGCUGAUUUGGCUUAUGAUUUCGAUGUGUUGAAAUUGGCGAACGAGAGCUUUCAGUUACAUGUAGAAGAAGGGGGUGAAUCUGAUGAGGAGGAGGAGGAGGAAGAAGAUGAGGAAGAGGAAGAUGAGGAUGAUGAUGAUGAUGAUGGAGAUGGUGAUAGGCCAAGUAAGAGGAGAAAAAUGGGAGAUGGUGUGAAGGUUUUCAAGAAGUUAAAGAGGGAUUAUUACAAGAUGGGGACUUUUCAUGGGAAGCCAUCGGGAUGUUUGUUGUUUGAGCUAUCUCAUAUGUUGAGGAAGAACACAAAUGAGUUGCUGUGGCUGGCUUGUGUUGCUUUGACUGAUCAGUUUGUUCAUGAGAGGUUGACUGAUGAAAGAUACCAAGCUGCGGUUAUGGAGCUUGAACAACACAUCAAUAGCUCAGGGAAUAUAGAUAAGAUCACUUCUGUUACUUUGAAAGAUGGAACCAAGGUUCGAGCACCUGACUGUUCGAGAAUCUCUUAUGAAGAAGAGCCUAGGCUUAUGCUUCUCAGGGAGUGGACGUUGUUUGACUCUAUGCUUUGUUCUUCAUACAUUGCGACUAAGUUGAAGACAUGGAGCGAUAACGGCAUCAAGAAACUUAAGCUUCUUCUAGCACGUAUGGGAUUUGCGCUUAUCGAGUGCCAGCAAAAGUUUCCAUACAUGAGCCAUGAGGUGAAAAGGAAAAUGAAGCAAGAGUUUGAUCGGUUUUUGCCAGAAUAUGGGCUUAAUGAUUUCUACUACCGGAGUUUCUUGAGGCUUCAUGGUUAUAGCUCAAGGGUCUCUGCUGCAGAUGUUGUGUAUGGUAUUACAGCACUUCUUGAAUCAUUUCUUGGAUCAGGUGGCUCCUCUGCUUCAAAACAGUUUGGCGAAGCUUAUGAUGCUCUGUCUUUGAACAAUUUGGAUAAACUUCGGUCUGGGAUGCAACAAGCAAUCAAGGUUCAACGAGCAAUUCUUAGACAAGGAAGUGCAGCAAUCACCAAAACUGGAUGCAUCCGAAGUGGUAGGAAAUUCAGAUGGGUAAAGAUUGAAGAUUCCAUGGAUGCUAAGUAUUUGGGAUAUCCUCAGGCCUUAACAAAAUUUUGUUACUUUCUAAUGGAUGCUUUGAGAGAGAAAGGAGCUAGGAUGAAACCGAUGCUUUGUGCCUGUGCAUCUCAACAACCUGGGAAGUUACUCGUGGUUGGAGUUUGUGGGAAACCGAGGCUCGGGGCAGUCAGAGGGAACGCUUUUGGCAAUGCUUUCAGAAAGGCAGCUCAAGAAAGUAGAGCUGAUUACUUUCACGAGCUUUUCGAGUCUUCAUGGAUUGUCUUGGAUGCUUCUGCAGUUAACUCUUUCAUGAUUAGAUUAACUGAGAAGCUCUGACAUAGGAAUAGGAAGGACUCAUGAUAUCUUAUCGUUCUUCGAUUCAAUGUGUUUUCUUUUACAGUUUUCAGUUUUUAUCUCACUGUUUUCAUUUUUUACGAGCCUGUGUAAUAGGCAGAAUCUGUUAUCAAUCA